AUACCUUGAUGUAUUGCAUUGUUAUCUGGCAUCCUGAAGGACUUGUUAAGUAAAUACUUAAAUCUGAUAAAGUAUUCAUGAGGAUGGAUGAAACUACUAAGUGGAGAGAGACUACUUUGGCAUCCUAAAGUCAGUUCCCUUGUGGAUCUCUUUGCUGAAAGCUGGAUCCAUGGAGUAAGAAUCUGCUGGCAAAUAGGUCGUGGUUUUUGCUAAGUUCCCCAUUCGGGUAUUCAAAGUAUUUUCUGUGCCAAGUCACUAUUAUGCCCAUUGAGCACCAUUCCACAAGGUUGGUGUUUAAUCUGUUAAAUUUAUUGAGAAUCUUGCUGCAUCUUUUUUUUUCCAUUUGCUGGACUAUUGAGGUGUCUGUCUUCCUAAUGUGAAUUCAAUGCCAAAUAGGCCAUUCAUGCUUGUUAUGGAAAUGUUACUAUUUGAUGACAAUUUGUUGUUUUGGAAUUUUGUGGCAAGUUCUCAUCAGCUUAGAUCUUGGAUUUCGGUAGAACAGUUAUUGAUGACUACCUUCUUCCAUUAUCAAGAAGAGCGACUCCAUUCAAUAUCAGUAGCUUGUCUUGUCCCAUGUUCUAUUCUUUCUCUCUUAUGAAGCUAAAUGUAGAGUAAAAUGCUGCGCCGAGUCCCCAUUUGUGUACUGUUUGACAUAGACCAUUUCUUUGAUUGCGAUUUUUGACCUAUGUCACAAACAAUAUCUACUGAUGAUACAUUUUUCUUGAUUCAGUGAGGAACAUGGAAUUUUCGAGGAUAUACCAGUGACCAGUCUAAGUCGUGCUAGAUUUGAACGAGCUGGUGCAUGAAAUUUUUAAGCUACAGAUGCAUACAAGUGCCAGUUACUCCUCAACAUAAUAAAUGGUAACACAAGUAAGUUAUCUCCCUUCAGAUGAAUCCUUCAAAGUUUUAUUUAUUCUGGGAAAUUUCUUGUGGCAAGAUUUCAUUUGUCACCAUAUCCUGUUCUGUUGUGCAGACGACCAGCUUGUAGAUGCCCACCUUCACCAUGCAAAGAUUACUACUACAGCUGUUUAUUGGUUCGUCUGUCUGUCAUCUUUCCUUGUAGUUUCUGCAAACUCCCUAUCCUUUUUCUGCUGUGUGCUCUACCCAAAUUACAGAGUAACUUGUUUUUAUCUUGUGUAGGUAACUCACCAUCUCCCAAGUCUUGCGAGCAUUAUGCCUGUGCUGAGGAUGUCAACAAGCAGCCACUGCUUGAAUACAACGAACAGUGAGCAGUGGUUCCAUCACAAUGGCUGAAUUGCCUGUACCCCUCUUCCACCUCCGUGUGCUUCAUCCCAUCCUGUCAAUUCAACUUCAAUGUACUUCGAUGCCCUGUCCUCCCCGUCAAUUCCCCUCGCCACAACCUCAACAAUUUGCUCCACAUGUUCCCUCGUUGGCUUGUUAAACAGCAAGACCUCAUUGAUUCGUUGUGAUAUCUCGGCCCGAAGAUGCCAUUCAGAAAUAUGCGAAAUCCUGUGCUUCCAGUUCCUGCCGCGAAACAUUGGAGUAAAUUCCUGCCGCGAAACAUUUCAAGGAAGGAUAUGGCCGACGUUGUGGUGGGAAUAUUCGUGAGACGGCGUGGUGGCAUUGGAGGUCAUGAUGACGAUUGCUUGUCGAAAACUGACUUCCUGCCCGUCCACGCCGGCGGCGAGAUUCCCGCCGUCGACGAUUUGCAGAAUCGCGUCGGCGAUGUCGGGUAGGGCUUUCUCGACGUGACGGAGCAGGACGACGGAGGCUGGCCUGCGGCGGAUUGUUUCGGUCAGUCGGGAGGUGAAGAGUUCUCGUGGGUAAUCGGCCGCCCGGUCGAUUCUAAUCAGCCAAUCUGCCGACCCGAGGAACUCGAUUGCUAAUGCUCUGGCUAGCAGUGAUUUCCCAACUCCGGUUGGGCCGUGAAAGAAGAAGCUGGCGAAUGGCUUGUUUGGGUCUUCGAGAGCUGUACUGGCGCGGCGGAGUGCAAGGGUGAGUGCCUUGACAGCUUCGUGUUGCGGCCAAAGACAUGGGCUUUUAGCCUCUGAUCCAAGUCCAGAAGAUUAUCUUUCUCAAGCUUCACCUUCAACAUGAUCUUCUCUGGGUACUGGUUUGUUCUGUCUGGGAUUUAAGUGAUGAUUUUGGGUUGGAUUCCCUUCUCUUUGUGUCGUUCUUUAUAAAGUGUAGCAGAACAGAAGAGAGGAGAGGAGAGGAGAGAUUGCCCGAUUUUCAAUUUCCAAACGGUUGGAGGGAGUUCCCGGAGGCGGCCAUCAUCAGAAACAGCUCCAGCAUCAAAAGGAGCAAACCAUAUUGAUUGGCCUGGCUUGGCUAUGCAUCCACAGCUUCAGCUAGCUACUGGCUAGCUUAUCAUCAGGAAUCAGGAUAGCUGGUUAGUUUAUCUUGUCAUUUUCUGCUGCUGUGCUCUGCUUUCGCAGCAAGCUGCAUGCGGGACUUUUGAUUAAUCAAAGUGGGAGGAGUAGGGGUGUUCGUUUAUCCCGUAAUAUUUUCAGCUUCCGGGUUAAAAUAAAAUGCACGUUAUACCACUAAAUUUGAGAAUUGGGGAAGAGAAAAACUUUAGGGAGAAAAACUUUAGGGAGGGGUGAAGAAAAACAGGAAGAAGAUGAACGUUAAAAGUCCACUAACCACUUUAUCUAAUAAACUAAAGUGGAAAGCAAACUUAAAAUUCACUCACACUUUCCUUCUUCCACCAAUGUGGUAUUUCUUUUAACUCUUUUGACUACUCUAAUACAUGCGUUGAGUGCAAAUUAAUGAAAUAUUCCUCUGUCUUCUAAGUUGUGUGAAAUCUCUUAGUCUAGUGGUUGCUGCAAUGGUCAUGUCUCCCAACCACACUUAUGGGUCCUUAACUAGCUAGGUAUCUAGAGCAUUAGAUUUAGGGGUCGUUUGGAAGUUGUGAUUGUUGAAUACAUAUAUUAUGUACAAUACAAUGUUUGGAAGUGUCAAAGUAUAAAACAAUGCAUGCAUUGUUUUAAAUAGGUCCCACCAACAAUCACAAAAAAUGAUGCAUUAUACAAUCUCAACUAAAAGUUGAGAUUGUUGUGAUUGUUGGUUUUAGAUUUGUGUCAACCUUUUCUUUUCAUUUAUAUCCUUAAUAGUUUUUGUCUUAUUCUAAAAGUUGAGGGUAAAUGUGACAUUUCCCCAUAAAAUAAUUUUAUGUAAAUCAAUGCAUAAAAUAGAAUCUCAACAACCAAACAAUGUAUUGUUAAAAUACAUCUAUUGUAUCAAUACAUGCAUUAAUAUUAUGGUGAUUCAUUACAAUACAACGAUUUAACAUUCGCAAUUUACCCCUUAGACUCUCAAUUGGGAUUCAUUCCUAUGAAAGUGAAACUUCGACUCAAUAGUCUCAUAACCCAAUUCUCACACUACUUUAUGUAUGUUAUAAUAUUGGCCUACGGGGAUGGUCACCUCGACUGAAGUCAAUAACAAAGCAAUGGUCACUUUUACUGAAUCAAUAAUUUGACAUUGAUUCAACAUCAAAUGGAACAAAUAUAUAGGUUUGCAAUCACUCUUAUAUACAAACCAUAAACAAUUUACAAGCUAUGAGAAAGGUUAUACAGAUGAGGAGAAGAGCAAUAAUCUAUAUCUAGAUACUUCUUCUCCUUCUUGCUUUAACCACCCUUCUUGAAUUUUGGAAAGUUUUGACCACCCUUCUCUUUGUCAAAAGGAGAUAAUAUCCGGACUAGAACAAGCCAUAAGUUAAUAACCUAUUAUUCACCUCAUCAAAGGAGUAGUUUAACUCUUGCAAUUGCAUAUCAAUAAUAAAAGUAAAGUAAUUAAACCUGAUAACAAUGUAAGAUUAGUCGAUAUAAGAAUUGUGGGAAGUUGGGGAUUUAGUUUUUUUGGGGUUUUAAUGAACAAACUUGUGGAAAUUAGGGUUCAAUGAGCUUUAUUUUAGAUUAUUAUUACAAUAUGUUUUAAACAUAACAACAAUUGGUAUGUUGUGUAAUGAAUGAUAUUUUAUUUAAGGGCUAAUAUAUUUAUAUGACCCGAACUUUUCACAUAUUAAACAUCCUGACCAUUUUUUUCGAUCUAUAACUUUACGGCCUCGUCUAUGCAUCAAAGUUACGAAAUUGUCCAAACUCGAGAUUUGACCGUUAUCUUGGAUGGUCAAACAAGUUGACUAACAGUUAACACGCCACGUCACUGCCAAGCCAGCACAGACAACUAGAAAAUUUUGUUUUUCCACAUAUUAUCAUUUAUCUUUUUCUAUUUUGAAUAAAAGAAGAAAAAAAAGGAAAAGAAAUUAAAAAAAAACAAUUUUUGUAAGUGGUUUGUGCUGACUUGGCAGUGACGUGGCGCGUUGACCGUCCAAGAUAACAGUCAAAUCUAAGAUUUGGCCAAUAUCAUAACUUUAAUGCAUAGUUGAGGCCACGAAGUUAUAGAUCAAAAAUAUUGGCCAGGAUAUUUAAUAUGUGAAAAGUUCGGACCAUACAAAUAUAUCAAUCAUUUAUUUAAUAAUUAUAGUGUCAUGGAUUUGAAUUACAAAAUUUAUUAUUUUUUCCCUUCGAAUUCAAAUUAUUAUUAGGAGAUCGCCAAAUUUAGAAGUGUCACAUGAAAUCGAUAACGAAUUAUGAAUCCGUCCCUGCCCCAAACUCAAACUAGUACCGAUAAAUUAUUUAUCCCCCCCCCCCCCCCCCCCAAAAAAAAAUUUAGAGGUAUCUCUGGCCUGUGUCCUCUCCUGGCCAGAACUAUGUUGGAUUCAAGUAUAAACGUUUGAAUGUUAAUGUUACAUGUUAAAAUAUGAUUUUUCAUUUUUUAAAAUGUUGUAUUUUUAUAUAAAUAGAAAAUUGUCUUCAAAUAUGUUAGUAUUUUUAAAUGUUGUAUUUUCCUACUUCCAUAUAUAUUUUGCUAAAAUCAAAUUGAACUACUUGUAACUUGUAAUACUAAUCGUAUUAUAUCACUUGCAAUUUGCAAAACCAGCUUAGACCGGUAUGACAAACUUGAAAAAGAGUAACUAGAUUAGGACCCGCCCGUUGGCCGGAUGAAUUUCAUUAAUAGUAUAAAUAAUCAUAGAAUUUUAUAAAGCAAGACAUGUUUUAUUUCAUACCUUAAAAAUUUUAAAUAAUUUAUUUACUGAAAAUAUCUUACUCAUUAAAAUUUUAACAUAACAACCCGAUUUAUUGACUAAAGUCCUUACUAAAUGUAUAGAACAAUGUGAUGGAAGGAAAUUGACUCCUAAAAUUUUAGUUAUACCACACAUUUGCUCCUCACCGUAAGAGUUAUUGCAAAUUUCAUUUUAGAUUUUCUGUGAUUGCUCUUUCUCUACCCCAUUAAGCAUCACCUUCUCCACCAAAUAAAAUAUGUUUGUCUUCCUAGUUCUUUAAUGAAAAACUUUAUCUUCA